CCGGCCGGGGCAUGGAGGCGGCGCACAGCCUGCCCGUGCUCGACGUGCUCCGCCGCUUCGGCGUGAGCGAGAGCUGCGGGCUCAGCCCGGAGCAGGUCCGCCGCAGCCGGGACAAGUACGGCCCCAAUGAGCUCCCUGCAGAAGAAGGAAAGUCCCUCUGGGAGUUGGUGUUGGAGCAGUUUGAAGAUCUCCUCGUCCGCAUCCUUUUGAUGGCAGCUUUUCUGUCCUUCAUCCUGGCCUGGUUUGAAGAAGGAGAAGAGACCACAACAGCAUUUGUGGAGCCUGUUGUCAUUAUUAUGAUCCUGAUUGCCAAUGCUGUGGUGGGUGUGUGGCAGGAGAGAAACGCCGAGAGUGCCAUCGAAGCCUUGAAAGAGUAUGAGCCCGAGAUGGGGAAGGUGAUCCGUGCUGACCGCAGUGGGGUACAGCGGAUCCGCGCCCGGGACAUUGUUCCUGGGGACAUCGUGGAGGUGGCAGUUGGUGACAAGGUGCCAGCAGACAUCCGUAUCAUCGAGAUCCGGUCCACCACCCUGCGGGUUGACCAGUCCAUCCUCACAGGGGAGUCCGUGUCAGUGAUCAAGCAUGCAGACCCCAUUCCUGACCCUCGGGCUGUCAACCAGGACAAGAAGAACAUGCUUUUCUCUGGCACCAACAUCGCCGCUGGGAAAGCCGUCGGGGUUGUCAUUGCAACAGGAGUGUACACCGAGAUCGGGAAGAUCCGCAACCAGAUGGUGGAGACUGAGCCUGAGAAGACUCCCUUGCAGCAGAAGCUGGAUGAGUUCAGCCAGCAGCUCUCCAAAGUGAUCUUCCUGGUGUGCAUUGCCGUCUGGGUCAUCAACGUCAGCCACUUCAGUGACCCCGUCCACGGCGGCUCCUGGUUUCGGGGGGCCAUCUACUACUUCAAGAUCUCAGUGGCACUGGCCGUGGCUGCCAUCCCUGAGGGCCUCCCGGCUGUCAUCACCACCUGCCUGGCACUGGGCACGCGGCGCAUGGCCAAGAAGAAUGCCAUUGUCCGGAGCCUGCCCUCCGUGGAGACCCUGGGCUGCACCUCCGUCAUCUGCUCCGACAAGACUGGCACCCUCACCACCAACCAGAUGUCUGUCUGCCGGAUGUUCAUUAUGGAGAAGGUGGAGGGCACCCAGUGCAGCUUGCACGAGUUCAGCAUCACCGGCUCCACGUAUGCCCCUGAAGGACAGAUCCUGAAGGACGAGCAGCCGGUGCAGUGCGGGCAGUACGACGGGCUGGUGGAGCUGGCCACCAUCUGUGCCCUCUGCAACGACUCCUCACUGGACUACAAUGAGUCAAAAAAAGUCUACGAGAAGGUGGGGGAAGCCACUGAAACAGCCCUGACGUGCCUGGUGGAGAAGAUGAAUGUCUUCAACACUGACAUCAGCAAACUGUCCAAGGUGGAGCGAGCCAACGCCUGCAAUUCAGUGAUCAAGCAGCUGAUGAAGAAGGAAUGCACCCUGGAGUUCUCCCGUGACCGCAAGUCCAUGUCUGUGUACUGCACACCCACCGGCCCCGGCCACAACUCCACCGGCAGCAAGAUGUUUGUCAAGGGUGCCCCGGAGAGUGUGAUCGAGCGCUGCACCCAUGUCCGUGUGGGCACCACCAAGGUCCCGUUGACAGCCCCGGUGCGGGAGAAGAUCCUGGGCAGGAUCCGGGACUGGGGCAUGGGCAUUGACACCCUGCGCUGCCUGGCCCUGGCCACGCACGACUCUCCUGUCCGCAGGGAGAGCAUGCAGCUGCACGACUCUGCUGCCUUUGUCCACUACGAGAACAACCUGACCUUCGUGGGCUGCGUGGGGAUGCUGGACCCUCCCCGCAAGGAGGUCACCUCCUCCAUCGAGAUGUGCCGCAAGGCCGGCAUCCGCGUCAUCAUGAUCACCGGUGACAACAAGGGCACAGCCGUGGCCAUCUGCCGCAGGAUCGGCAUCUUCUCCGAGACUGAGGAUGUGAUGGGCAAAGCCUACACAGGCCGGGAGUUUGAUGAGCUGUCUCCCGAGGCGCAGCGGCAGGCGUGCCGCGAUGCUCGCUGCUUCGCCCGUGUGGAGCCAGCGCACAAGUCCCGCAUCGUGGAGUACCUCCAGUCCUUCCAUGAGAUCACUGCAAUGACAGGCGAUGGUGUCAACGAUGCUCCAGCUCUGAAGAAAGCAGAGAUUGGCAUCGCCAUGGGGUCGGGCACGGCCGUUGCCAAGUCAGCCGCUGAGAUGGUGCUCUCUGAUGACAACUUCUCCACCAUCGUGUCAGCCGUCGAGGAGGGCAGGGCCAUUUACAACAACAUGAAGCAGUUCAUCCGCUAUCUCAUCUCCUCCAACGUCGGUGAAGUCGUUUGCAUCUUCCUUACAGCCAUCCUGGGCCUCCCCGAGGCCCUCAUCCCCGUGCAGCUGCUGUGGGUGAACCUGGUGACGGAUGGGCUGCCAGCCACCGCACUGGGCUUCAACCCCCCCGACCUGGACAUCAUGGACAAGCAGCCCCGCAACCCCAAGGAGCCCCUCAUCAGCGGCUGGCUCUUCUUCCGCUACCUGGCUGUUGGAGUGUACGUGGGCCUGGCCACAGUGGGUGCAGCGACUUGGUGGUUCCUGUACGAUGCUGAGGGACCGCAGGUCUCCUUCCAUCAGCUGAGGAACUUCAUGAGGUGCACUGAGGACAACCCCAUCUUUAAAGGAAUUGACUGUGAGAUCUUUGAGUCCCGAUACCCGACCACGAUGGCUCUGUCUGUGCUGGUGACAAUCGAAAUGUGCAACGCUCUGAACAGUGUCUCUGAGAACCAGUCACUGCUGCGGAUGCCACCAUGGCUCAACAUCUGGCUGCUGGGAGCCAUCGUCAUGUCCAUGGCUCUGCACUUCCUUAUCCUCUACGUCAAGCCCAUGCCUCUCAUCUUCCAGGUAACCCCCCUGAGCUGGCCACAGUGGGUGGUUGUAAUGAAAAUCUCCCUGCCUGUUAUCCUGCUGGAUGAAGGACUCAAGUACCUUUCCCGCAACCACCUGGAUGGCAUUCUCAGGACAGUAAGACACAAGUGGAGCGGGGAGCACCAGUUGAAAACCUGCAGGACUCCAGAGCAAGGGAGAAGAGCACAAGAAAUGAACGACACGAAGGAAACGCUCCUCACUAAAGGAUCCCUCGCUUGUAACUCGGACUGAAGCCUUGCAUGUGUGCCCCUCACUAGAGACCAGCAGGACAUGCAUGUGUCCGACUACCAGACAAAUGCGGGUGAAUCGUCGAAAAGAAAAAUGCUGAUUUUUGUUUUGUUCUGUACCUUUCUUUUUCCUGUACAUAGGAGUGCAGUUACUGGGCAGCUGGUGGAGGGUUUGGGGACGGAGCUGUGCAGACCUGGGUCAUCAUAACACGGUUCCUGCAGAAUUUGAGGCCCUCUUUCCAAUUCUUACCCUGCUGGGGUGAGCUCAGGCCAAGGUGCCCUUCAUGGGAGACUGAGGGGGGAAGCCGGGGUUUAGGUGAUACACUGAGUGUGGAUGGGAGGCUGCAUCCCCCCAUCAGGGUGGGAUGCAGAAGGGCAGUUCCUGGAGUUGGGAUGGCCAUGGAUUGGGAUUGCUGCCCCUCAAUGAUGUCCAUGGUGUUGGUGGGUGCUGUGUUCUGCUCCAGUGGCCACAGUGCCUGCAGGCUGCAGCAGGUCCACAUCACUUACAGUGUUAUCAGUGGUGGUGUGGAUCUCACAGACGGGUGUUUCUAUGUCAAGAUAGGGUGCAUGUCUUGGAAGGUGAAGUGUUCCCUCUUUAUCAUGCUGUCCUGUUUGAUCCCUGUGUUGUAGAAAGCCCCACACCUUCUCAGGCUUAUCUGACACCAAAGCAUGAUGUAGUCUCGUCUGUUCUCCCCUGUCCAGCAUCUUGUGAGAUCCCACCUGCACUGUUUAAACUGUAGCCCUUUUCCUCAUAGGGGCAACCAUUUAAAGCAAGGUAUGUUCCAUCCCUGGAAGUGGUCAAGGCCAGGUUGGACAGGCCCUUGAGCUACCUAGUCUAGUGUGAGAUGUCCCUGCCCAUGGCAGAGGGUUGGAACUGGAUGAUCUUAAGGUUCUUUCCAACCCAAACCGUUCUCUGAUGCUAUGGGGAUGACUGACUCUGCAUUCCUCAUAUCUACUGCUCCCUCCUGGUCAUAAUUUCUUUCCUCAGAUGAUUUUUAACUGUUUCCUUAGCAGGAGUAGAGCUUAAAUCCUUAGGAGCACAUCUAUGAGUUCUUGUUCUCUGCUUUUGGGAAGCAUCCCUGUCUUGCACAGGGCAUCCUUGACACCAGUGAUCCGCCUUCGAGACAGGAAUGAAUGUAUGCUUGUACAUAGUUCUUCUCUGUGAGCAGUGUUUGUCAUGGCAUCCCUUUUUAUAAGGCACCAACUAUAUUUUAUCCUCUCGGAGCAUCUCUGCAGCAGGAGUGACACAGGCUGCAGUGAGAGUUUGUGGAUCAAGAAUGGAUUUUGGGAUCCAGUAAACUGAUCUUUCUCCAUUGAGCUGGAGAAAGAGAUAGUGGGGAGCUGAUAGCUGAGAAGCUGAUAGUGGGUGAUUUGUUCUCCAGAUCUCCAAAUCUUCUCUCCUGUUUUCCUCAUGUUCCCUUAUGAUCUGCCCUGAUGAUAUUUAGUUAGCCAGACCCUUUCCUUUCUCUUAAUUCCAGCAGCAGCACUAGAGCCAGGGUUUUACAUCGCAUUUGGCUCCUUUGCUGUUGGCUUUUUGCUUUCACUUUUUGCCUCUUGAGAGCUUCCAGUGCUUUGCUGUUCCUCUUUCAUUUGGGCAAGAGCUACUUUUCCUCUGUACAGUAGGUGCCAAAUAUCAUCCCUCCUUUCCUUUCUCCAUCACCAGCAUUGAAGAUGAGCAGAGCCCCCAGACCAAUGGGAAUGUACAGAAUUGUUAUACUACUGAGCUGAUUUUAUUGUACAGAAAACCUUGCAUGAAAUGUCGUUACUGUAUUUAAUAUAUAAUGUAUUCAAGGAAUUUUAAUAUGGAGCUCUUUAAAAAGAUCUUUAUAGAUACUCUGUGGUUAGAAGAUUGUUGCUGAUUUUUAAUAUUAUUAUACUUUGUCUUGAAGAAAGUUUUAUUUU